AUGCUUCCCCUCGGUCUACUUACGGCCGCCCAAGGCCACCCCAUGCUGGUGGAGCUGAAGAACGGCGAAACUCUCAACGGCCACCUGGUCACCUGCGACAACUUCAUGAACUUGAUUCUCCGCGAGGUGGUACAGACAAGCCCAGAAGGCGACCGCUUCUUCAGAUUACCCGAAGUCUACAUCCGAGGCAACAACAUCAAAUACCUACGAGUACCCGAGGAGAUUGUCGAUAUUGUCAAGGAACAGCAACAGAACCAACCACAGAACCGUCGCGGCGGUCACGGGAGGGACGGUGAGCGUGGCCGCGGCCGCGGUGGUGGUCGUGGUGGACGUGGUCGCGGUCGGGGACGAGGCAACUAA